GCAGCAGCAGCAGGGCUCAGUCCGCCUUCAUCCGGAUAAGAAAGACCCGAACGGACCUCCGCAGACCCCCCCUUCCUCCUCCUCCUCCCCGUCCACAGACACUCACCCUCCGGCUCCUCCAUCCGGAACCCCCCGGCCUCUGCCUGAGUCCCGGCCCGGUUUUGGACGCUCUCUGCCCGGAUCCGUGAGCCCGCGUGCCCCGGCCUGUCGGAGCGGAGCAGGAGGAGCUGCAGCCGGAGGAGCAAGGUAGUACUUAGCCAAACACUUCCUGUCUGCUCCACCACCAGUGCAUCAUGGGAUUUGUAGGCUUCUUUAUGCUCUUCUGCACGGUGGGAUCAUCAGUUUGUACUGGAGUGAGCACAUCCACCCAAGGUGGCGCUGUGCUGUGCCCUUUACAGUGUGUGUGUGAGACGAGGCCCUGGUACACGCCUCAGUCUGUUUAUCACCAGGCCAAGACGGUCGACUGCAACGAACUCCAUCUGCAGAGAGUACCGGCCAACGUCUCUGCUGAUACACAGGUGCUGCUGCUUCAGAGCAACAACAUCUCCUCCAUCACAUAUGAACUGCAGAGUUUGACCAACCUGACGGAGCUAGACCUGUCGCAGAACCACUUCACACAGGUGAGCUCCAUGGGACUGUCAUCUCUGGGUCACCUGGUCACUUUGUACCUGGAGGAGAACCUGAUCGAGGAGCUGGAGGACUUCAGUUUGAGGAACCUGUCCAGUCUGGAGGAGCUUUACAUCAACCACAACCGCAUCUCUUCCAUUGGACCCAAAGCCUUCGCCGGCCUCACCAACCUGCUGCGACUCCACCUGAACUCGAACCGGCUCGUGGCCAUCGAUAGCCGCUGGUUCGAGUCCCUGCCAUCCCUGGAGAUCCUGAUGAUUGGUGAGAACCCCAUCCUGGGUUUAGAGGAGAAGAACUUCCUGCCCCUGUCCCGCCUCCACAGCCUGGUGUUGGCUGGGAUGGGGCUGGCCUCGGUCCCUGCCGCCGCCUUCCUGGGCCUCGAUUACCUGGAGAGCCUCUCCUUCUACGACAACCGGCUCAGGUCUGUUCCUCGGGCUGCUCUGAGCGUGCUCCCCAACCUGAAGUUCCUGGACCUGAACAGGAACCCCAUCAGCCGAGUCCAGCAGGGAGACUUCCAGAACCUUCAGCAUCUGGAGGAGCUCAGUCUGAACAACAUGGAGGAACUGCUGAUGGUGGAGCGAGCAGCUUUCCAGAACCUCCCGGAGAUCGCCAAACUGGAGCUCUGCAACAACCCACGACUGUCCUACAUCGACCCACAGGCCUUCAGUGACCUGUCGUCGCUGCGAACCCUCCUCCUCCAUAACAACCAGCUGAGCCUGGUGUCCAGAGACCUGCUGUCCUCCCUCCCGUCUCUGGAGGAGCUGUCCCUUCACUCCAACCCCCUCCGCUGCGACUGCCUCACCUCGUGGGGGCCUCACCUCGGCAACCAAUCGCACCUCAAGCUCCUGGAGUCCUCCAUCACCCUCUGCCUCACCCCGCCUCACCUGACUGGCCGGGAGCUGCAGGAGGUGGUGUCCGUCAGUUGGGGCGCGGCCGAUGUGGGAGGGGCCGGGGGUGGGGCUAACAGCUGCCUGCCUCACAUCUCUCCUCACGCCUUUCCGCCGACGAUGAAUGUCAGCGCCAGGCAGCCAAUCACGCUGGAGUGCUGGGCUGACGCAGACCCCGCCCCCCAGUUUUAUUGGGUGACGCCAACAGGUGACAAGGUGAGUUCAGAGGCUGUAGCUGCACCAAUCAUAUCAGAGGAGGGGCGUGGCCUGAGCAGGAAGAAGAAGAAGCACCGUUUGUUGGAACCUGGAGCGUUGGUCAUUGAACAUGCUGAGCCGUCAGACACAGGUGUGUACACCUGUGUGGCGUGGAACAUCGAGGGGGCGGACACUAAGAGCGUCUCAGUGUUCGUGGACUCUCAGGGGUUCCAGAGUCCGUGGUCGGGCGAGGGGACUUGGCAGGCCGUCCAGCCCGGCAGAGAGCAGCCUUGGCUGGGGAACCUGUCCAGCACCUCAGCCUCUCUGGUGGUUCUGGCGAAGGUGGUGCACGCCCAGUCGGUGGUGCUGGAGUGGAAGUUGUAUCCCAGAAGGGGAGUGCUGUCGUUGGGUCAGGACCAGCAGGACAUCCCCCUCCCCCUGCCCCGGUGGGCCAGCGCUAUGGUUCACAUCGACAACCCUCAGAUCAGCUACACCGCCAAGGUUCCCGUGGACGUUCAGGAGUACAACCUGACUCACCUCCUACCCGCCACAGAGUACCACGUCUGCCUCACCGUCUCCUCCUCCCCUCCUUCCUCUUCGUCCUCCCCUUCCUCCUCCCCUAGCUCCUCCCCCUCCCCCGCCCCUCCCUCCUCCUCCUCCCCGUCCGUUGUCCACACCUCCUGCCUGAACGUCACCACCAAGGAGGCUCUGUUCUCGGUGGAGCUGGUGGCAUCGCGGCGCAGCAGCGUGGCAUUGGCGGCCGUCAUGGGCUCCAUGUUCGCCCUGUCCAUCAUGGCGCUGCUGGUGGUCUACAUGGGCCGCCGCGUGCAGCAGCACAAGUCGUGCGGCCACUCGCUGAAGAAGUACAUGCAGCACGCCACGUCCAUCCCCCUGAACGAGCUGUACCCGCCACUCAUCACGCUGUGGGAGAGCGAGGCCGAGAAGGACAAGGACGACAAGGAGGAGGAGGAGGAGCGAGAGGGCGGGGCCAGGGACGAGGAGGCGACGGGGAGUCAGAUCGACACGACGAAGACGUACAUGUGGUAGCUGGAGGAGGGGGGAGGGGGAGGGGAGGGGCCGAUGUAAAUGACGGACACGAGAGAGGCGAGGUGGAAAAAGACGUUAAUGUACGUAAAACGAAAAGGUCAUGUGACUCAAAAUACGAGCCUGACCGACGCUGGAACGUGAACGGAUGGAAGACGUUGGAAAAGAUGGACGACUGAGCAGCAGAUGGAAAAAACACGGACGAGGGUUCAGCGCCAAGUCCAACAGGACGCCCAAACAGCCACGCUUCAAGAAACAAUUAGUGUUUUGUUUUUUUUUUAGCUCAUUAACCACAAACAGCGUUCACGUGGGUUGAGGUGUUGAUUCAACGUAAUUUCUAGAACAAAUAGAUUUAAAAUUUGAAGGUGUUUUUAUGUUUUAUUUGAUAGAGACAGUGGAGGCGGUAAUUCAGAAACCCAGUCAGUACAAGUUCAGUUUCCUUCCAUCGUCAUAGUUUUUCACCUAAACGUCACCAAAUUCACUUUGUUGUAUCUGUUUUCAAAGAUACUAAGAUGCUUUUUUUCCACAUGUUUUUUAUUUAUUUUAUUUAGUUAUAAGAUCAUUAUAUUUUUUACUCACUGAAACAACUUGGCAUUGAUGACAAAAAUCAUGACUAUUUUUGCAAUUUUACACCAAAAACAGCAACUUUCCUACAUUUUUUUUUUUUUUUUUUUUUUUGCAACCACAGAUAUACUAUUUUUACACAAGUUGCCACAUUUCCAAUAUUUAGCUACAUUUUACUUUUCAACUGAUAAAUUUGUUAAAGAAAAUAAUUAAUUUUGCUUUAUUUUACUAUGUCAUGCUAACUGUCCACUACAUAAUAUAAAAGCAGAGCGUUGGUUUAGGACAAAAAUAUCAAAUAGAAAUAAUCGGGACUAAAAGUAUUAUUAUUUAACAUUCAUUUAUGUUUCCUUGCAUAAUCUGAAGGGGAUAGGUUUAUUGAAUUCAUUUUAAAGACACAAAUAAGCGACUCAGAACUUUGCUUUUUACUUUUUUUUUUUUUUACGUCUAUGCGAAUAUUAAUGUUUAUAAUAAAAUGUGAUCAAUUUAAAUACACAUAAAACAGCAACAAAUAACAUUAAAACGCUGCGCUAACCAUAAUAUAAUGUAUGAUUAUAUAAUUAAAAGAUUAAAACUCCCACAAACUUUUUCUACAUUUUAUUGCUUAAUCUAAACAGUUGCCACUUACUGCUAUUAUUUUUGACAAAAUGCAACACAAUUCAUCAAAUAAUUUAAGAAAUACAUGAGAAGAACAAUGCACCAUUUGAUUUAUGAAGCUAUGAAAACAUUUUACUGCAAAAAGUGAUUUUAAAGAAACAAUCGGUCAGUUUUAGUUUUCAGAACAUGGCUUUUACUUGACCUUUUUCUACUUUUUCUUUACUGUGAUGGUGAUUUUUUUUAGUUUUUACCUUAAAGUUUGCUGAGUUUUAGUUGCAAAUACUCACUGGUUUUAGGAAUUGUAGCUUUUUUUGCUAAGUAAUUACAUUAAAAUGGAACCUAAAUUUAAAAAAAUGAAUGAAACUCAUCCUUGUACAGAUAAAUUUAACAUUAUUAGUGAUGUUUUACUUUAAAUUAAAGUUGUUAAACCUCACUCAUACAUUUGUUUUAAAGGUAAACUUUGUGGUUAAUGAGUUAAAUCAUGCUUUUUAAUUUGUUUCCAUUGAAGCUGGGGUUUUUUUGGGACGUCUGUCAACAGAAACAUGAACAAAUAUGAGCGUUUCUCUCUGAUGUGUUUUCCAAACUGUGGUUCGGGGCCUGAAACGGGCCGUCGGCUGGUUCGAUUCGUCGUCCGGCAGCUUCUUAAGAGACUGUCGACCUGUGAGUCCAGACGUUUUCUAAUCUCUGUCAAGCACACUGACAGUAGCUGUACUGUAAAAAAAAAAAAAAAAAAAUCGGAUUAUUGUAAUUUAGUUCAUCUGAUGAACACGAAUGCAGCACUUACAUGUGAAAUAUUCCACUUUAAGUACUUUCAGUAGCACUUAAAGGUCCAACAUUCAGACUGUCUGCAGCGGUGUGGAUGUAAGAAAUGAGUUAUUAUGUAUUCAUAAGGGGAUAUCAAUGUUUUUUGGGGUUUUUUCGGCACUUACAGUUUCUCCCAUAUCAUAAACAUAGAAAAUAAAUGACAAUAGAAUCAAACACAGCUCUAUUAACAUUGUUUUCACUUUACACUUUAUUAUCAACCAUUUAAUACAUUUUUACAUAAAUAUUAGCAUUUAUAAAUGACCAAAAUGAUUCUCUUUGUUGGAGAUUUGUUGGUAUUUCUCAACAGCUG